AUGUUCAUCCAGUGGAUUUUCCUGAUCUUCAGCGCUACCCUGGUCACCUCCAAAUGGAUUCCGGAACGCAUCGCGGGAGGUCAUUCGGUGUCGAUUAAAGCGGUUCCCUGGCAGGCCUCCCUCCUUAAAAAUGGCAUUUCUAAUUGCGGCGCGGUCAUAUAUAGCGAAAGAGUAGUUAUAACGGCAGCUCACUGUGACGAUGAAACUGCUACUUUCUCGGUAAGAGUGGGCUCAACGAAUCCGGAUUUCGGCGGACAAGUGGUAAAGGUUUUGCGAAUCCUAAAACAUGAGGACUAUGGUCUUUACUAUGAAAUAUCACAUGACAUAGCAGUGAUCAAACUUCAGACCAGUCUUCGAAUGGGCGCCGGUGUGAGAUCCAUUCCACUGGCCAAUAGUUCCCCUCCACCUGGAUCAUUAGUCUCGGUUUCUGGAUGGGGACGGACCGGAAAGGGUAAGGAGUAUUCUGAUACUUUACUAGAGACCACGGUUUCUAUUGUGGAUCAGAAUGCCUGCCGAGAAGCACACUAUGGAGAAAUCACCAAGGACAUGAUCUGUGCCGCUGCUCCGGGAAGAGAUUCCUGCAAAGGGGACUCGGGAGGUCCUUUGGUGUUCAAUGGCACGCUGGUAGGAAUAGUCUCCUAUGGAAGAAUAUGUGCUCAUCCAAAUUUCCCUGGAGUCUAUGCUAACGUGGCAGAGCUCAAGCCUUGGAUCUUAAACGCUAUUCGAAGGCUUUGAACUUGCCAUAAACUAUUGUAGUUUGAUCACUUCUUUAAAUAAAGGUUGCAUAAUUUACA